UGGCGUUCCUUUUAUAUUUGUAUAAAGUUUCCAUUUACCAUGACAAUAUCAAAUUUAAGCAAUUAUGAAUUAAAACGAAAAUUGAACAUGGAAGAAAACCAAAACCUAUUAAAGGAAUUAGGUCUAACUUCAUUAACAACUAGUGGUAUAGCAGCUGAUAUUCCUAAAGUUAACACUGAAGCGAAUAUGAAAAAAAGACGUUUAACAUACAGACAUCGAACACCAACACCAAAACAACCGACGCGAUUGUCAAGAAGAAUUCGAGGUGAAACACCAGAAGAAAUUACGGAACUAAGUGCUAUUGUUGAUGACCAUGAUCGUAUUCGACAAUUAAGUGUACCAACUGCUACGGUCGAAGUAGCUGAUAUAGAACAUUCUUUGCCUGAUGAAAUUUAUGUCCCAUUGACACUGAGAAGUAUAGGAACAACAAUAUGGGAACUAGGAGAAUUAAAUACAGGGAAGGGACGUUCUAAAUCAUGGAGUAGUCGAGGUUGCAAAUAUAAACAUCCUUAUCCAAUUGGUUAUAGGGCAACUAAAUCUCACUUUGGCAAUGAUUAUGUAAUGGGCAUCUUAUCACCACCUAAUGAAGAUAGUGGGCCAAUAUUUGAAGUACAACUAGCUGAUAAAAAUAUAGGAUGGAAGGGAAAUACACCAACUGCUCCAUGGACAGAAGCAUGUCUUAAAAGUAAAUCAAGCAAUACACGAGUGAGCGGGCCCUUGUUUUUUGGAUUUUCAGAUCCCCUUACAAUGAAAUUGAUUGAAAAAAUGAAAGGAUAUCAAGAAGCAUCCUUAUCUGAAUAAUAUAUACAGAUAUACAUAUACAUUUAUAUAUACACGCAUACAUAUAUAUACAUAUUUACAGCAUAUAUAAAGAUAACUUGAGCAUUACAAUUUAUAUUAUAUUACUUAUACCAACAUCAAAAUAAAAUAUAUAUGUAUACAAAGAAUCAA